AUGGAAAAUAAUCCGCCGGAAUUAUCAUUCUACUCCAGAGCGGUGUCUGAAAAUUCGGCUGAUCGUGUUGACCUCGAGCGACAGCGCCUGGAUAUCGAACUCGCAAAAUUACGAUUGUUAGAACUUGAUAAACGUAUCGAGCUAAAGAAAUUGCAACUGCUGCAAAAGGAAGAUGACGGAUCAAAGGAAGUCAAGACACCUCGGCUAAUACGACCCGUCCAUGAAUACCAGGUGGAGUUACCGAAACCGGGUAACGACAACAUACCGGCUGUGGCUCUUGCCGUGGUUCCUGUGACAAUCCUUUAUGGCGGACGUAAGGCGCGGACUUUGGCUCUGUUGGACAGUGGUUCUGACUCCUCACUCAUACUUGACGACUUGGUGACAUCUCUCCAAAUGAAAGGUAAACUCAAGGAUAUCAUUAUAUCCACUCUGAAUAAAGAAACGACGAUCCAAACGACCGAGGUGGAAUUCGAGAUCGAGCCCGAC